UCGAGUGUCAAACAAUUCGGACACUCGUUGCACGAUCGGUUUUACACAUCAAGUAGUUAUGUUGGCCCAAGUUAAACAGUCAGCCGCGACGACCGGUAUGUUCGAUCCGUCGGAAAAGCUACGGCCGGAGAACAUUUACAACGGCAAGUUCGAGAGCGACUUCCGGGACUACUCCGUGGACCCGGACGACCCCAUCAAAGAGCGCGUCCGCAAGACUUACUUGAACAUGCACGCGCACCAGACCGUCGACUUUGUGCGCUCUCGACUGACGAGCUGGUUGAAAUUCGACAAGUGCAAGAUGAGCAUAAAGGAAGCCUUGACGAAACUGAACGAGCUCAUCGACGAGAGCGACCCCGACUCCAGUCUGCCGAACAUAGUGCACGCCUUCCAGACAGCCGAGAAAAUCAGGGCAGAUCAUCCGCACCAGGACUGGUUUCACCUCAUCGGUCUCAUUCACGAUCUUGGCAAAGUCAUGGCCUUCUACGGGGAGCCACAGUGGGCCGUUGUGGGCGAUACGUUUCCAGUUGGCUGCGCCUGGGGCGACUCCAUUGUUUACAGAGACACCAGCUUCGACGACAACCCUGAUGGCAAAGAUCCGCGUUACAACACAAAGUACGGAAUGUACAAGCCAAAGUGUGGUCUUGACAAUCUGAUCAUGUCGUGGGGCCACGACGAGUACCUGUAUCGGGUGCUUAAACACAAUAAUAGCAAACUACCAAAAGAAGGCCUGGUUAUGAUUCGUUACCACUCGUUCUAUCCAUGGCACGCGGGUGGCGACUACACGCACUUCUGUACAGAAGAGGAUGAUCAGAUGCUCGAGUGGGUUUUGGAGUUUAACAAAUACGACUUGUAUUCCAAGAGCGCGGGAGUACCUGAUAUUGAAGCACUAUGGCCGUACUACGAAAAACUUAUUGAAAAGUACAUUCCAGGAGUGCUCGAGUGGUGAAGAGCUUUUAGAACAAUUUUACGUUUAACUUACGUAGUAGUAAGAAUUAAUUAAGACUAAUAAUUAACUUAACAAAAAUCAAGACUAGCUUUUUUUUUUAUUCCCACAUCUUUAACAUUUAACUUUAAGGCUCAAUCAUUUGUAGAAAAACCAUUAUUUCUUAGAUUAUGUAUAAUUAAAGUUUUCAUACUUAAAUACCUAA